GGCGGAACAGCGAUAGAAGCAACCUCGCACGUCACAGCAACGAGUAACGACCUAGCACGCACUUGUCCUCGCCCACCACGCAUGCGCCUGCGCUAGCUACCACAUGAUACGAGUAGUACAUAUAUAAUCCCUCCUCCUCACAAGGCAGCUGAGAAAGAGACCAGACCAAAACCUUAGCACGUUUUCGCCAGUUGAUAAUUCAGCAAAGACGCGCGCGCGCAGCAGUCUUUGAUCGAUCGAUGUCGGUAGGCAAGAACAAGUCGCCGUCUUCGCCGUCGCGGAAGGCCGAGGAGGAAUUACUCGAGGGACGAGACAGCGGCGGGGGCGAAGGCGAAGGCGCCGUGGUGCAGCGCAAGGAGAGCGGCGCCGGGAAGAAGGCUGCUGAUCAGCGGCGGUACGCGAGGUGCUUCUCGGGGCUGGAUCUCAGCAUCGGGCCGGGCCCGCUGAGGGACGUGGACGCCGGCAAGCUCAAGGGCCAGAUCAGGAAGUGGGCCAAGGCCGUCGUCGCCUACGCGCGCCAGCUCAGCUUCGGCUCGCCGAGGUCGUCCGGCGGGAGCGCCGGCGCCACGCCCAGGUCCAAGUCUGGCCUCGGCGGCGCAAGGCCUGAGCAGCAGCCGCCCCCGUGAAAGAGUUAAGCUUGACUAAGAACCUCCUCGGUAGCGUGUGAAGAAUAUGUGAUUGAUUGAUUCCCUAGAGCUUGAUAGCUAUUCUUUCUUCCUUCUUCCGAGCUCCCAUUUCUGAGAGAAAAUGAUGUAUUUUAUUUUUCUUGCUUGAUUAUCUCCAUUCUGUAGACUGAAAUUCUUUGAUUUAAUUGUUCGAGCUGUGUUACUGGGUGCACCCACCCAUGAAUAUUUAUGACUUAAUUUGUUUUAUUUGCCAAGAAUAGCUAAUCCUGCUCGUUGAUCCAACGGAAUAAUUGAAUCUCGUUUUGUAA